GCGGACUUGUGUUCCCCGUAGUAGGGCUUUAAAGUACAGUAGCAGCAGUUGCACAUGGCUGCAGGGCGCUAGGUCAGUGUGUAAACAUGCGUGCGGAUAGUAAGCCUGCUUGUAUUUAUGACUGAGGAGGAACACGGGAGGAAGCCUCUGUCUGCUGUAUCACUCACUUCAGUCCCGUUAGAUGACCCGAGUGCUUUAUUGCCGUUCUUGUGCACCGGGGGAACUGCGCGCUAUCCACGGAGUAACGCCAUCGAUAUGUUUCAACAGACCGCCCUGGUUUGAUUUAUAUUUGGGGAGACGAAUUUGACCCCUGGAAUAUUCAUCGAUGACCACAUUACAUGCAAAGAUAUUUUCGUAAUUUAUUUCGGACGGAAAGGCCAAGCAAAGUGUCAGGAAUGCCCCUGUUGCUGCUGCUAGCCGGGGUGAUCCUGCUCUGGUCGGACCCCGGCUCCGCGUCUGAGCAGGCCGAGCUGAUGUUCUUGGGGCAGACCCAGUUCGUGUUCAACGAGAGCAGCGAUGCGGUGGUCCGCCUGGUGGUAAAGAGAGAGGGCGACCCUGUCAACGUCACAGUGCUGGUCUUGCUGGAGGGAGAGGACACGGGAGACUUUGUUUCCAGCACGGCCGCAGCCUUCCUGCUGACCUCAGAGUCCAUCAAGACCAUCUUCAUCGGUGUGGAGGACGACAACCUGCCCGAGGCCGACGAGACCUUCACCUUCAACCUCAGAAUACAGAGCUCGUCCAAUGGCGUGAUACUGGGGACGCCGAACAAAGCCACCGUCACCAUCCUGUCCAACGACAACGCCUUUGGAAUCAUUGCCUUCAACUCUACCGAAGAGAUCACCGUGGAUGAACCAAAGAACGGCAGCCAUCUUGUGCCGCUGACCUUGGUCAGAGAGAAGGGCACGUAUGGAACGGUGACCGUCCACUAUGAGGUGUCCGGGGGUCCGAACCCGGCCAUCGAGGACCUCAGCCCGGACAGAGGGAACAUCACCAUCCCUCCCGGCAUGGCCGUGGUGGUCUUCAACAUCUCCAUCCAGAACGACCAGACCCCCGAGGACGACGAGGUGUUCUGGGUGCGUCUGACGGGCGUAACGGGCGGGGCCCUCCUGCGGCCCAACGGCAGCAUGGUGGCCCUGAGGGUCCGGCGCAACGACAGCCCGCUGCGCUUCUCCCAGGCCUCGCUGGGGGUCCCCGAGACGGCCGGGGUCAUCACCCUCACUGUCACCCGGGGCCGUCUCACCGAGGGGGGCCCGCUCAUCGGCUCCGACGAUACCGAGGUGUCCGUGGACUACGUGGUGGUCAGCGGCCACGGGGCCGCCGGCGCCACGCCCGCCGUGGACUUCACGGACCUCCAGGCGGUCCGCACGCUCACCUUCCCGCCCUUCGUGUACGAGGCGCGGCUGCUGUUCAACGUGAGUGACGACGCGGUGCCGGAGAUCGCCGAGUCGUUCAGCGUGGUGCUGCGGGCGGACAGUGUGCGCGGCGACGCCGUGCUGGUGGCGCCCGCCGCCGCGCUGGUCACCAUCGAGCCCAACGACAAGCCGCACGGCGUGCUGUCCCUGGUCGCCGCCGCCGCCGCCGCUCCGGGCCGGCCGGUCAGCAUCAACGAGGACGUCACGCAGAGAUUCGAGGGGAUCUCCGUGGUGAGGAACGGGGGAAACCACGGCGAGGUGUCCGUCAACUGGACCGUGAGCCGUAACUCCACCCCCGGCGUGCCCGUGUCCGACGACCUGACGCCCGCGGCGGGCACGCUGCUGUUCGCCGCCGGCCAGACCAGCGCCGUGCUGGUGCUGGACGUGGUCCCCGACAACCUCCCCGAAGAGGCAGAGGCCUUCCUCCUCCGGCUGCUGCCCGACACCGUGACCGGGGGAGCGGAGGUGGACGAGCCCAUGGAGAUGGUGUUCUACCUCCGGGACAGCGACGACGUGUACGGCUCCUUCGGCUUCGACCCUCGGGAGGAGCAGAGCAUCCAGAGCCACCUGGACGGCCGCUUCCUGUCCCUCAGCUUCCUGCGGCAGGGCGGGGCCCUGGGGGCCGUGGCCCUGGGGCUGACGGCCCUCUACCUCCCCGCGGGGCCCCUGGACCCCAGCCUGGCCCGGGACCACGUCCUCAACGUCAGCCGCUCGCUCAGCCUGCGCUUCUCCGACGGCCAGCAGCGGGCGGGGCUGGUGCUUCCCAUCAGGAACGACGCCUUCCUGCAGAACGGAGCGCACUUCCUCAUACUGCUGGACAGUGUGGAGCUGGUGGACAUCCGGACCCCCAUCCCCUCCAUCAGCCCGCGGUUCGGGGGGGCUCUCAACCUGACCCUGACCGUGACCCCGGACAUCGCCAACGGGGAGAUCGGCUUCACCAGCAACGCCACGCUGGCGGUCGUCGAGCCGGAGGACGCUAACGCCACCACGGUGUCCCUGCCGCUGCGGCGCGACGGGACGGACGGCCGCGCCGAGGUGUUCUGGAGCCUGCGGCCGACGGGCGCCGGCCAGGGGGAUAUCACCGCCGACGACCUCCGACCCUUCCGGGGCUCGGUGGUCUUCCUGUCCGGCCAGAGCGACGCCUUCAUCAACUUCACCGUCAUGGCCGACGACGUCCCAGAGGUCAACGAGACGCUGCUGCUCUCCCUGGAUAGGAGCAACGUGGAGAACCAGAUCUUGAAGGCAGGCUUCACCAGCAGAGAGAUCGUCAUCCUGGAGAACGACGACCCCGGGGGCGUCUUCCAGUUCUCAGACCAAGGGCCCUGGGUCAUCAACGAAGGGGAGGCGGUGGAGCUGCGCGUGCUGCGGGCGGCUGGCCAGCUGCUGAGGCAGCUGGUGCGCUACACGGUGGCCCCCCAGGGCAGCGAGGAGUUCUACGGGGCCCCCGGCAUCCUGGAGUUCAACCCCGGGGAGCGGGAGGUGGUGGUGGCCCUGGUGGCCCUUCAGGACGGCGUGCCCGAGCUGGACGAGACCUUCUCCGUGGGGCUCAGCAGCCACAGCAAUCCACCGAGUCGCAUCGGCCACCGCAGGGAGGUCAACAUCACGGUGCGGAGCAGCGAUGACCCCUAUGGGGUCAUCCAGUUCAGCCAAUCAGGGCUGGCGGAGGCCAUCAACGAGAGCAAGGGGAGCGAGACACACCAGGCUUCAUACACCGUCACCAGGAACAGGGGUCGCUUCGGGGAGGUGUCCGUGUCCUGGGUUCUGGAUCCCGGUCACCAUGGAGACAUCAGCCCCACCCAGGGAGUCCUCGUCUUCCUUGAAGGAGAGUUCCUCCAGAACCUGACUGUCAGCUCUAUACCAGACGAGAUCCCUGAAGAGGUGGAACACUUCACCCUCACCCUGACCAACGUGACGGGGGGAGCAAGGCUGGGGAGCGCGCUCAAUGCCAGUCUACAAGUCAACAAGAAUGACGAUCCUAUUUAUUUUGCCGACCCCGUCGUCGUGCGAGUAGAGGAGGGAGGUGUGGCCAACUUCACGGUGGUCAGGGGCGGGCGGGCGGACUUCGUCGCCACGGUGAUGUACCGCGUGGAGUACGGCGGGGACGCCUCGCCGACGGACCUCGCCCCGCUGGGCAACGACACCACGCUGGUGUACCAGGUGGGCGAGUGGGCGAAGAACGUCUCCGUGGCGACGGAGGACGACGACCUGCCCGAGACGGACGAACCCUUUCACAUCCUGCUGUUCAACGCCACCGGGGAUGCUGUUGUGUACGGUGUGGACACGGCCACGGUGGUGAUCGAGGCGAACGACGACGCCAACGGGAUCUUCUCCCUGGACCCCACGGAGAAGGCCGUGGAGGAGGGCGCGACCAACGACUUCUAUGUGAGGCGGGCCAGGGGCCACUUUGGAGAGGUGAGCGUCUUCUGGCGGCUGUACGCCAACGACUCCCUGACCGCGCUGGAGGAGGGCCAGGAGUUCUCCAACACCUCGGGCUCCGUGGCCUUCAGCACCGGGGAGAGGAGCCGGCCCGUCGUCCUGGAGGCCAUCCCCGACAGGCUGCCCGAGUUCAACGAGUACUACGUCCUCCGCCUGGUCAACGUCUCAGGGGGGCACCCAGGGGGGGGCGGCCGGCUGGCCGACGCUGCCCUGGACGCCUCGGUGCUCGUCCCCUUCAACGACGACCCCUUCGGCGUCUUCGCCAUCGCCGACGGCAACCUGGACCAGGAGGUGGCGGAGGACGUGCUGUCGGACGAGGACAUGUCGGACGUGGCGUCGUUCAGCGUGCUCCGGGAGCAGGGCGCCUUCGGCGAGGUGCGGGUCGCCUGGGAGAUCCUCUCGGCCCGCUUCCCCCGCGGCCUCCCCCCCAUGGACGACCUCCUGCUCGCCGCCUCCUUCCCCGCCGCCGUGGAGCUCCGCCCCGCCGAACGGCGGCACCACUCCGGCACGGACGCCCGCGCCUUCUCCGGCGCACCCGGCGCCCACGGGACGGUGGCCCCCGCCGACGCGCCGGGGCCCCUCGGCAACUUCACCUUCUCCGCCUGGAUGGCGCCGGCGCCGGACACGGACGGCUUCGUGGCGUCCAAGGGCGCGCCGGACGGGCCGCUGUACUACGGGCUGAAGGUGCAGACCAACCAGAGCCACGUCAGCCUGAUGCUCUACUACACGGCCCGGGGCGCCAACCGCACGCAGGUGGCCCGCGCCACGGCCGAGAACCAGAGGGGGGACGGCGCCUGGAUCCACGCGCUGGUCACGGUGGACGACGGCGUGGUGGGGUUCUACCUGGACGGGAGCCCCGUCCCUGGGGGGCUGCGGAGCAUCAAGGGGGAGGGCAUCGCCGACGGCCCCGCCCCCGUGCUGGUGGGCUCGGACCCCGCGGGGGGCCAGCGGUUCACGGGUCUCCUCCAGGACGUGCGUCUGUACGGCGCCCCGCUGAACCGCAGCCAGCUGCACGAGCUGCACGCGCAGCCCGCCCGCGCAGACCUGCGGGGGGUCUCGGGCUACCUGCGCUACCGGCAGGACGAGAGGAACAAGUCCUUCGUGGUGGAGGUGCGGGACGACGGCGAGGAGGAAGGGGAGGAGCUCUUCUACCUGCAGCUGGUGGCGGCGCAGGGCGGCGCCCGCCUGCCCUGGCCCCGCCCCACCGCCACGCUGCGCGUCAUGAAGAGCGACGGCGCCAACGGGCUCUUCGGGUUCACCGGCGCCUGCAUCCCCGAGACCACUGACGAGGGCUCCACCGUCUCGUGUGUGAUCGAGCGCACCAGGGGGGCUUUGGAUCACGUCUACGUCAACUACUCCGUCAUCGGGGCCGGACCCUCUAGCCCUGGGGGGCCGGCGGAGCAAGACUUCGUCAAUGCCACCGGGGCGGUGCUCUUCAUGCCCGGACAGCGCUCCGAGGUGCUGAACCUGGUGGUGUUGGACGACGACCUGCCAGAGCUGGCCGAGUCCUUCCAGGUCACGCUGGUGUCAGCGGAGUCGGCUGAUGGGAAGCCAGGCUCCACCCCCACCAGCGGGGCCAGCAUCGACCACAACAGCUCCACCAACACCGUCACCGUCACCGCCAGCGACCAUCCUUAUGGUCUGCUCCAGUUCCAGACCAGUCCUCCCGGCGACGGCCUGAUCAGCCCGGCCCUAGAGCCGGCCCGCGUCUCGGUCAGCGAGGAGGCCGGGGAGGUGCCUCUGCUGGUGGGCCGGGCCCAAGGCCUUCUGGGAAGGCUCACGGUCGGGUACCGGACCACCCCCUUCACGGCGGCCAGCCCCGAGGACUAUGAGGAAACAGAGGGGAUACUGGACUUCCUGCCAGGGGAAAGGUUAAAGUUCAUCACCGUGACCAUUGCGGACAACCCGGUUCCCGAACUGGACAAGAGUUUCCGAGUGGAGCUCUAUAACGUGGAGGGAGGAGUGGAUCUGUUCCUGCGUGGGGAAGGAAGUGGUAGUGGGGAGAGUGACUCUGACCUCCUGCUUCCAGCCUUCCACCGAGCCAACCUGGGGGACGCCGCCCGCAUUACGGUGACCAUCCUCGCCUCUGACGACGCCCACGGAGUCUUCCAGCUCAGCCCUGAUUCGCUGGCUGUCAACGGAACGGAGCCCGAGGACGGGCGCAGUGCCGUGCUCCUGCAGGUGGAGCGCUCCUUCGGGGACCUCUCCAACGUGACGGUGUACUGGGAGGCGGGCCCCGGCGCCGCGGGGGAGCUGGUCGCCAGCUCCGGCAGCGUGACCUUCGGCGUGGGCCAGAGCAGGGAGGGCUUCUUCGUCAGGGUGGCCGAGGACGAGCGGCCCGAGCUGGACCGGAGCUUCGGCGUCCGCCUGGUCAACGUGUCCGACGGGCGGCUGGGCGAGCACGCCGGCGCCACGCUGACCCUGCUGGCCAGCGACGACCCCUACGGCGUGUUCGUCUUCGCCAACGCCAGCCAGUCGUUACGGCUGCCCGAGGCGGACGCCGUGGUCGGCCUCACCGUGCGGCGGCAGGGAGGCCUGAUGGGGAAGGUGCGCGUGACCUAUGAGACUCUGCGUGAGGCGGACCGAGCGCCCUAUAGGACCCCCGGGAUUGGCAGGGCCAGCGAGGGGCGGGACUUUGUACCCCUCUUCGACUCUGUGGUGUUCCUGGCCAAUCAGAGCGAGGCCAACAUCACCCUCCAGAUCCUGGACGAUGAGGACCCAGAGAGAGACGAGUCUGUGUUCGUGGAGCUGACCGGCGUUCACGUUGUGGAGGCGGCUCAAGAGAGGAUUAUUGUCGACUCCCCCCGGCUGGGCCCCCGGACGGAGGCCGUGGCCCAGGUCAUCGUGGAGGCCAGUGACGACGCCUUCGGGACCCUCCAGCUGUCGGCGGCCGCCGUGCGCGUGGCCGAGGACUACGUGGGGCCCAUCAUCAACGUCACGCGCACCGGGGGCAUCUUCGCCGACGUCUCCGUCAAGUUCCGAGCCGUGCCGAUCACGGCCACCGUCAGUGAGGACUAUAGUGUGGCCUCUACGGACGUGGUGCUCCUGGAGGGAGAGUCCAGCAAGGCCGUCCCCAUCUACAUCAUCAACGACCUGGUCCCGGAGCUGGAGGAGAGCUUCCUCCUGGAGCUCAUCAACCAGACCACCGGGGGGGCCGUGCUGGGCGAGCUCACGCGCACCAUCAUCACCAUCCUGCCCUCCGACGACCCCUUCGGGGCCUUUGUCUUCCAGGCGGACCCAGUCACCCUGGAGGAGCCGGGGUCCGGCUCCGUGGAGGUGACCCUGCCCAUCAUCCGUACCGCGGGGACCAUCGGGACCGUGGCGGUCCGCUGGCGGGCCACCGUCGACGGGCAGCCGGCCACAGGGGACCUCCGACCCGCGUCCGGGGAGGUCAGCUUCGCCCCGGGAGAGACCAUGAAGACCCUCAGGGUGGAGGUCCUGGCGGAUGACGUCCCUGAGAUCACUGAGACCAUAAAAGUGGAGCUGACAGGCGCGAGUAACGGCGGGAGUCUGGGCAGGACCACGGCGGUCAACAUCACGGUGCCCGCCAACGACAACCCGUACGGGACAGUGUUCUUCGACCGGGCCGUGUACCGCGUUCAGGAGCCCCUGGACGGCGUCUACAUGGCCAACAUCACGGUGCGCAGAAGCGGCGGGAGCUUCGGCCGCAUGGAGAUCCUCUACAGCACCUCGGAGGUGAGCCUGGAGGACCUAGUGGGCCUGGCCCAGGCGGCGGGCCAAGACCUGCUGCUCUAUUACGACCCUCCCCAGCCUGGGGGCCUCACGUCUGGGGGAGGGGAGUUCAACAUCACCGGCGCCGCCGAGCCCCUGACCGCCUGCGCCGCCGCUUGCCUCAGAGAGCCGGCCUGCGGGGCCUUCUCCCUCGCCACGGGGCCGCCGCCGGGGGCGUGCUCCUGGGCGACCUCCGGGGAGGAGCAGGGCGUGGCGCCCGUCGGCCCGGCCGUGACGUACGGGAGGAACGCCACGGCGACGGCGGUGCUGCUGGGCGGGCGAGCGGGGCCGGGCAGCGACUACACGGCGGUGACGGCUCGCCGCGGGUUCAUGGAGGACGGGCGGGCCACCGCCCACCUCGCCGUGCCCAUCCUCACCGACAAGCUGCCCGAGACGGACGAGAGCUUCGCCAUCGAGAUCCUCAGGAUAGAGCUGGUGAACCUGACGGUGGCCGAGAGGAACCGGCCCUCCGUGGGCCGGCCGCGCCGCGCGCUGGUCACCAUAGCGAUGAACGGGGACUCCUUCGGGGUGUUCCUGAUGUACAGCCUGAGCCCCGACGCCACGGAGGACGGCCUGCGCCUGGAGGUGGGGGAGGAGCCCCGCGCCGUGGUGCUGGUCGUAGAGCGGCGGGGCGGCAGCCUGGGCCGCGUCACCGUGGAGUGGGGGUUCGUCGGGGGAGGAGCCACCCCGGGCGAGGACUUCACCGCCAGCGGGGGGACGCUCGUCUUCAAUGACGGCGACGUGAGGCAGACCGUGGAGGUGUUGAUCCGUAGCGACAGCGUGCCGGAGGACAGCGAGACCCUCCUGAUCGGCCUGAUCCGCACCGAGGGGGGCAGCCGCAUCCUGCCCAGCUCCGACACCGUUACCAUAGUGAUCCUGGCCAAUGACGACGUGGCCGGGAUCGUGGGCUUCCACCCGGCCUCGCGCGUCGUCGCCACCAGAGAGGGAGAGCUGCUGUCCUUGCUGGUGUUGAGGACGGCCCCUGGCCUGGGCAACGUCACGGUGGAAUGGUCCAUUCUGGGUCCCCUGCCGAACAGAACCUUCCCCAAAACCUCAGGGACGCUCUUCUUCACUCAGGGAGAGCUGAAUGGCACCAUUGUGCUGCAGCUUCUCGACGAUGCCACACCAGAAGACCAGGACGAAUACAGAGUGGUGUUGUCCAACAUACGCACGUUUGGGGUUCCAGUGACGGGCCAGGCCACGCUGGACGAUCAGGGCACGGAGGCGGUGGUUACCAUAGAAACCAGCGACGAGCCCUUUGGGAUGCUGACCAUUGCGGCGUCCUCCCUCCGCAUGAGGGUGGAGGAGCGCGACCAGACAGUGAACGUCUACGUCCAACGGGAGUUCGGGACCUCAGGGGCCGUGAACGUCUCCUACGAGGUCAUCAGAGGGGCCCUUAGCGACCUGUCCCAGGUGGAAGGGGACUUCGCUGAGCCCGGCCAGGACUUCAUCUCUGCCGUGGGCUCCGUGGUGCUCGGGCCUGGACAGACCUCCGUGGCCGUCCCCGUCUCCAUCCUGGACGACGACAUUCCGGAGCGGCAGGAGUUCUUCCUGGUCAACAUCACGUCCGCUGUCCUCAUCACAACCCUCGCAAGGCUAGACACAAACGAUUUAGUGGCGGAAAUUAGCAUCGACGCCAACGACGGAAUCAGAGGAGUGAUCGAAUGGACAAACACCAUGUUUGAGGUGAACGAGUCGAUGGGGGUGCUGUCUCUGGUGGCCUACAGGAACCGAGGGUCCUAUGGGAACGUCUCCCUGUCCAUACACGCUACUGACCUGAAGGCCCAGCAAGGACUGGACUACAAUAUCAACCAAACGAUGCUCCAUUUCGUGGACGGCGAAAGGCACAAGUUCGUGGAGGUGCAGAUCAUUGACGACAGCAUUCCAGAGGGACCCGAGAGAUUCCAGCUGAUUCUCUCUCUCUCUCUGCCCUCUCCUGGCCUGGAGCUGGGAACCAACACCACGGCGACGGUGAACAUCAUGGCGAGCGACGACGGCCACGGCGUCCUCACCUUCAACGGCAGCCGCCACACGGUGCUGAAGGAGCCCACGUCGGCGUCGCGGCCCGGGGAGGGCGUGGCCACGCUGGACGUGAUGCGCAGCCCCGAGGAGGGCACCUUCGGCACCGUCACCGUGACCUUCUCCGUCACGGAAGCCAACGGGAGCCUGGCCGUGGCCGACCUGAGGCCAGCGCAGGGCACGGUGGUUCUGGAGAACGGGGUCCGCUUCAAAACAUUGGAGAUCUUUGCGAUCCUGGACGCUGAGCCAGAAGCCAACGAGACCUUCACGGUGAGCCUGUCCAGCCCCACCGGAGGAGCUCGCCUGGGGGAGCAGCUCCAGACGUUAAUCACCAUCCUGGAGAACCUGGCCCCUUCCGGACUCUUCCGCAUCGGCCCCUCCCUCAACAGAACUUAUUCAGAAGUGGUGGCCCAUGAGGACGGCACGCCGGUCUUCCUGACCGUGUCUCGCAGCAACGGGUUGGAGACGGCUGUCAGUGUGGAAUGGGAGACACAGGCAGACACAGCUAUCGGUUCUGAGGGCGAUCUUCCAGUGAUGGGGGUUUACCAGGACUUUGAGGAGCACCCCACCUCAGCGUGGUGCUCCAUCCCAGCAGAGGCCUCGUCUCUGGCCAUGAGACUGGACAGGUCCCCCUCCGUCGGGUCCACCCACACACUCGCCACUCUCUACCGCUGGCAAGGGGUGUUUGUUCCAGUAGAGUCUGUGAGGAUCCAGGAGGCCAGCUCUUGCGUGGGGUUUGUGGUCAACGGCACCACCUUCAUAGCCAUCACCCACGGCAGGCCCAUCUCCAACCCGGCUGCCAACCUCAGCGUCUUCAGACUAGAGCCAGACCUCAACAUCACACUGGAGCAAACCCUUGGUGUUGAAGCGCUGGAUGUGAAACACUUCUCGGUCGAAAGCACGGAUUAUCUGAUCACAUCAAGACAAGUUUUCGUCCGCACCGGCACGCUCUUCGCUCUCUUCCAGACACUUGCCCUUCCUCGGGGCAGUGUCAGCGUUUCACCGCUGUUUUCCCACUCCUCUUCAUCCUCCUCCUCCUCCUCCUCCUCCUACCUGGUCACCUGUGUAGACACGCCCUCAGACGGCUGCUCCAUCCACCGCUGGGCCGGCGGAAGCUUCCAGAACGACCCCCUGACCCUCCCCCUCCAGGGCAGGGCCCACCAGGUGGAGGUCAUCCAGGCGGACGGGGGGGUCACCCUCCUCUUCGUCGUCACCGACGGUCCUAGUCCAGCCUGUGAGGUGUUUCGUUGGGCCUCAGGGAAGGCUCAGCCUGAGCUGGUUCAGUCUCUCCUCCACCCUGACCUCACCUCCAUCCACCCCUUCACCCCUCCCUCUGGAGCUACCUACAUGCUCUUGGCCGGCAGCAGCAGCUCGCUCCUGUACUCCUGGGGGUCUGACGAGGGCCAGUUCUCCCCGGUGCUGGGGGCCCCUGCGGCCCUCAGCUACCUCUCCCUGGCCGUGACGUCGCUCGGUGCCUCCAGGACCCUCCUGGCUUCCAGCGGGGCCACCGGCUCCACGCUCUACCUGUUCACCUCCGUGUCCAACCAGUCUGACUUCAUACCCAGCCACGGCGAGCUGCGCUUUGCCCCCGGCGACAGUGAGCUGGAGAUAGCGGUCAACGUUCUAGACGACGACAUCCCAGAGAGGGAGGAGAACUUCCGGGUCGCUCUGAAGAAUCCCAAGGGCGGGGCGGAGAUUGGGUUCGGCGGUCAGGUGACCGUGGUCAUCCCGACCAAUGACGACGCCCACGGAGUCGUCGGCUUUGCCCUGGAGUCUCUGUACAUGGAGGUGGAGGAGCUGGAGCAGAACAACCUGAUCUCUCUGAAGGUGGAACGGUUGAGGGGGACCUUCGGCAGACUGACGGUCCACUGGGUCGCCAACGGCAGUCUGCCGGACAUAUUCCCCACCUCGGGAGUGGUGUUAUUGUCCGAGGGCCAAUCGGAGGCCAUCAUCACGCUGUCCGUGGUGGCAGACGGCGUACCGGAGGGCAGGGAGCACGUGACGGUGGCGCUCAUGGACGUCACCACCGUGGGGCUGGAGGAGCCGGCGCAGGCGGCCACCAUCGCCCCGCGGCGGGCCCACGCCCUGCUCACCAUCCUGGCCAACGGCUCGCCGUACGGGGUGAUCGGCUGGCACAUGGACUCGCUGUUCGCCAGGGUGCAGGAGCCCACGGGCUCUCCGAUCAACGUGAGCCUCUCCAUAGUGAGGGAGCAGGGCUCCUCGGGGAAUGUGGCGGUCCACCUCCAGACCAGGUCCGCCCUAUCACAGCCCCCGGCCAACCAGGCCUCCGCUGGACUGGACUAUCUGGCCAGGGACGCCACGGUGGUCAUGGUGGACGGGGCGACCGUGGUCCUGGUCACCUUCACCAUCAUGCCGGAUGAUGUCCCGGAACUGGCGGAGAGUUUCCUGGUGAACAUCACCAGCGUGGAGCUGGACGGCGAUUCCACCGGGCCGGGCCGGCCCAGCCUGAAGAGGCCUGGCAUGGAGGUCACCGAGAUCACCAUCCAGGAGAACGAUGACCCCAGGGGCAUAGUGCAGCUUAACGUGUCAGAGGAGGCCCCAGGGAGGGUUUUGGCCUAUGAGAUCGCACCGCCGGACAAUGUCUUCCGUCUUGGCGUAGCGCGAUUGGCCGGGAAAACGGGGGGAGUCGUCGUUUACUGGGAGGCUCAGCCAAUCACGGCCAGCUUUGAGGACUUCAGUCCUUCCUCAGGGAAUAUCACAUUAAAGGAUGGACAGAGAGAUGCCACGAUUGACAUCACCAUCAUCGAUGACGAGGAGGUGGAGUUGGAGGAAACUUUCACAGUGUCUCUGCUGCGUGUGACUGGUGGAGCCCGGUUGGGGACGGUGACGUCCGUGACGGCCAGCAUUCCGGCCAAUGACUCUCCUCUGGGAAGAUUUGGAUUCCAGGACCAGGAAGUUACAGUCAGCGAGCCCGAGUUCACCGACGACCCCGCUGCCGUGGCGAUGCUCACGGUGCUCCGGAGUACAGGAGGCCGGGGUGUGGUGACGUUGGCAUGGCAACUAGAAGACCUGGCCAGGGACGAUCUCUCACCUCUCAGUGGAACCCUUGUCUUUGCGGAGACGGAGUCCACUCAGAGCUUUGUGAUCAGGGCGCUGGAAGACACUGCGCUGGAGGGAGACGAGAGCUUCACAGUGCGGCUGCUCCCAGGCACCAGCGCGGCCGUCAUCGACCCCUUAGCCGGUCUGGCCAGCAUCACCAUCCAGGCCGACCGAGCGGCCUUGGGCAUGGUGGGCGUGGCCGAGUCCUCCAGGGAUGUUUUCAUUGGUGAACCUGAGAGGGGAUACAAUGGAAGCACGGUGGUCAGCCUCGUGCGGGGGCCAGGGGUCUUCGGGGAGGUCCAGUUCUCCUGGAACAUCGCUCCCGCUGACGCGACCGAGUUUGAGCAGAUCUCCGGCGUCGUGACCAUGCGAGACGGGCAAUCCGCCGCCAGCAUCACCCUUAAAGCGCUGGACGACGAGGUUCCAGAGGAGCGGCGGGUGUACCAGCUGACCCUCGCCGCCGCCACGCCCGGUCUGGACGUCAGCCCAUCGGCGAGCCACGCCACGGUCACCAUGGCAGCCAGCGACCACCCGCACGGCAGCUUCUCCUUCGCCCAGCGGGAGGUCGCCGUCACCGAGGGAGAGGGGCUGGUGAACGUGACGGUGGUCCGCUCCGGGGGCAGCCUGGGGGAGGUGGCGCUCAGCUACGAGACGUCAGGCGGCUCUGCCUUCAGCAGGCUGGACUUCAGCCCCGAGGCCGGCCGGCUGCUGUUCGCACCGGGCCAGACGUCACAGGAAGUCCCGCUGCGCAUCGUUGACGACGUCCUCCCGGAAGGGCCCGAGGAGUUUCACCUCAACAUCACGAGCGUGGAGCUUCUUAACGUCAGUGGCGUGGACUACACAGUGAGGGAGUCGGGGCUCCAGUUGGAUCUGCCUCCGACGGUAGGGAACAUCUCCUCAGUCAUCGUGGUCAUACUGAAGAACGACAACGCUGAGGGCAUUCUGGAGUUCCACCCGGAUCACCUCGACAUCAUAGUGGAGGAGGAUGCAGGGUAUCUGGUGAUCCCUGUGCUGAGAUUGGGGGGUCAGUGGGGGCAGGUGUCGGCUCAGUACGUCUCCAGGGGUCUGAGCGCGACCCCUGACCUGGACUACUUCCUGUCCAACGGGUCGGUCACCUUCAGCCACGGGCAGGACACCAGCUUCAUCAACAUCACAAUCAUGGACGACCUGGACAGUGAAGCCGCUGAGAUCUUUGAGGUGCUGCUGUCUCGAGCCACCGGGGGAGCUGUCCUGGGCGCCAACUCGGUAGCCAGGGUAACCAUCGCCAAGAGUGACUCUCUGAGCGGGCUUGUGCGUUUCCUCAACGAGAGCCGCAUUGCUCUGGUGAACCCCAACGAGACGCUCUCGCUCACCCUGGUCUUGGAGAGAGCCGGAGGCUUCGUGGGAAAUGCAACGGUGGCGUGGCACAUCCUGGGCCCCAACAGCAGGGAGCCUCUCCCACCACUCAACCAGGACUUCCUGGAUCCCGUCAACGGCUCCUUCUACCUGGGCGACGGGGAGGAGGGGGUCCACGCCAUCCGGCUGACCCUGCUUCCCCAUGGGGAGGUGGAGGUGGAGGAGGUGUUCACGGUCCAGCUCAGCAUCCUGUCCGGGGAGGUGGACGUGGACACCGGGGCCGGGGCGGUCCAGCUUCUGAUUGAGAAGUUCGGUGACCCUAAUGGCAUCGUCCAGUUUGAUGAGGCGGCGCUGAGCGAGCAGGUCUACGAUGAGCCCGCUGACGUCCAGGGCCCACUCAACAUCUCACUGCUGCUCAGACGGAGAGAGGGCGUCAUGGGAAACAUCACGAUCCACUGGGAGAUCCAAAGUGAGUCAGACCUGGCCGGUGACUUCCUGAGUGCGGCCGGGGAUGUAGUUAUCCUGGUUGGCCAGCGGGAGGCGCUGUUGCUCCUCAGCCUGAUGCCCGACACGGUGCCCGAGGUGGAGGAGCUGUACCUGGUCAGGCUCACAGGCGUUGAGGGGGGCGCCACCCUGGACGGCAACCCCAACCUCACCAGUACACGCAUUAGGGUGCGGGCGAACGACGAGCCUCACGGCGUGUUCUCCCUGGACCCCGGCCGGCAGGCCUUGGGGGUGGGGGGCCCCGGGGCUGAGCCUGCCCGGUUCCUGCUCCUGAACGUCACGCGGUUGGGGGGGCUGUUUGGCAACGCCAGCGUGGGCUAUGUGGUCAGCGGCGGGCCGGAGGUCCAGGCUCUGCUGGGAGACAGAGCCACGGGCAGGGUCCUGCUGCCGGAGGGGGAGUCCUCUGUCUCCAUCACACUGUUGCUUAGCAACCAGGUGUUCCUGGCCAUCGGGGAGAACUUCACCAUGCAACUGACGGACGUGAGACUGGUCAGCCCUCUCCUCAGCACCCCACCUCGACUCUCCUCGGACUCCACGGUUACCAUGGUGACGGCUGGGGAAGAGGCUGCCAACACUGAAGUCGGCUUUGCCUCGGUGGUCCUCCAGGUGUCCAGCCUGGAGACGGGGCAGUGCGAGGCAACAGUGUCACGGACGGGCCUCUUUGGGGGGGUCACCGUGGACUGGAAAACGGGGUACCCUCCGGGCCUGGCGCCGCCCGGGUUCACACCUGGAGCUGUCAGCCCAACAGCAGGCUCCGUCAGCCUGGCCCACGGCGAGAGGAGCCGGCCCAUCGCACUGACCGCUCCGUGGAACCCCUCGGCGCCUGCGGCCUACGCCAUACAUCUGACUGCUGCCAGCCCCGGCACCAACACCACAGCCGCUGUCCAGCUCAGGCCUGGCUUCACGGUGGCCGAGGUGGAGCCGCUGGGCGUGUACCGGUUCACCCGCGAGUCCCGGCAGGUGCUGGUCGACGAGGACGCCCAGAACGUCACGCUCCACGUCCAGCGCCUGUACGGCGGCCGCGGCGGCCGCGCCGUCCUGUCCUACGCCACCGCCUCGGGCAGCGCCACGGCGGACGAGGACUUCGGCGCCGUGGCGGACGGCCGGGUCGCCUUCGACUCGCCGCUCCAGACCCGCGCCUCGCUGCGGCUGGCCAUCGCGAACGACUCGCUCGCCGAGCCCGACGAGGUCUUCUACGUCAACCUGACCGACGUGCGGGCGCUGGGGGCGGCGCCCGGCGCCCGGCCACGCAUCGACCGGGAGCAGAGCGUGGCCCGGGUCACCAUCAGGGCCAGCAACGCCACUGGGGGGGUGCUGAGCAUCGGGCCCGCCCUGGUCCACACGGAGGAGGACCGGGAGCAGGACGGCGUUGAGGAGAAGAGGGUGGAGCUGAGGGUCCGCAGGGCCGCCGGGCCGGGCGGGGCCGGCCUGGACGCCGCCGCCAGCGUCCGGGUCCAAGCCUACGGAGGAGGAGUCACGGUGGGUACGGCCCUCCCCUUCGCUCUGGACUACAACGGCACCCUGGCCCGGGAGGGGCAGGACUUCCGGCUGGCCUCCAGUGUGGUGAGCCUGCAGGCCGGGCAGAGCGAGGCGACGGUGCUGCUGCUCAUCCUGGACGACUCGGAGCCCGAGGGCCAGGAGGCCUUCUUCGUCUACCUCUCCGACCCCGAGGGAGGGGGGCAGAUCGCCGACCGCACCGACCAUCAGGGCUUCGGGGCCUUCGCCAAGAUCGUCAUCCUCGGGAGCGACUUCCAAAACGGCAUCGUGGGCUUCAGCCGGGGGUCCCUUGUGGGUCAGACCCUGGACGAGGACUCGGAGAACAGGACCGCCCAGCUGGUGCUGCAGAGACAGGAGAACAGAGCCUUCGAGGACGUGCAGGUCUUCUGGAGAGCCACCCACAGCGCGGCGGUCCCAUCGCUGGUCAGCGGCGGGGUGAACCUGACCCAGGAGCUGCUCGUCACCUCGGGCGCCGUGCUGUGUCUGAGGGGUCAGACGCGUUGUGUCCUCACACUGGAGGUCCGGCCCGACGAGGAGCCAGAGGGGCGGAGCUGGUUCCUGGUGGAGAUCUACCAGGUGGGCUCCGGGGCCUCCAUCAACCAGACGGCGCGCUUCGCCAACGUCACCCUGGCCGAGAGCGACGCCCCUCCCAGCGGCCUGAUCUACUUUGCGGCGGCCUCCCGGCUGCCCGUGGCCACGCUGAAGGCAACGCGGCUCGACCUGCAGGUCCACAGGCAGGCCAGCGCGGCCGGCGUCCUGACGGUGCGGUACCGCAUGCUGGUGCUGCCCCAGCCCGAGGCGGUGGGCCGCUCCAUGAUAUGGCCCGCGGUUGCCGGCCGGGACUUCCUCCAGCAGGAGGACGAGCUGACCUUCGCCCGGGGCCAGAGCAGCGCUACGCUGUCGGUGACCUUGACCCCGGGCCAGGCCUCGCCCGAGCCCACCCCCAAGCGCUUCCGGGUGGAGCUCCACGACGCGUCGGGCGGGGCCCGGGUGCACCCGCAGUUGGGCGUGGCCAACGUCACCCUGGUGGCGGACGCGGAGGCCGCGGCGGUGUGGGCGCUGCUGGACCAGCUGCAGACGCUCCAGCAGCCGCUGGACGCGGCCGUGAUGGACCGCGUGCUGCAGGGGCUGAUCAACAAGGCCACAGCGCUGCUCGCCCCCGAGCAGACCACCGCCGUGCUGGUGGCGCUGGGGAAGGUCCUGGCGGAGGCGGAGGGGAACCCUCUACAGGAGAGCAGUCGGGGGCUGACCUACGACCUGCUCUGCGCCAUGGCCAACCCCAGCCAGAGAGACACCCGGGGCCUCAGCCAGCUGUCCGAGCUGGCCGAGCGGUUCGCCUUCUCCCUGCUGACCGGGAGCCAGUGUGGAGAGCCCGGGAAGCGCUCAGACCUUCUGGGUCAGCCGAUGAGGUGGCCCGGGCGGUUCCUAAUGUGUACGUGCGUGUGUUCCUCCCCUCAGAUCUGCUUCCUGGCAUCGGUGUUCCGUGGGAGGAUGUUCUCUGAGGAGAGCUGUGCUGCCCUGGCGCUCUUCACCCACUACUUCCACCUCAGCCAGUUCAGCUGGAUGCUCAUACAGGCGGUGAACUUCUGGCAGGUGCUGGUGAUGAACGACGAGCACACGGAACGCCGCUACCUGCUCUACGUCCUGCUGGGCUGGGGACUUCCUGCCGUGGUCAUGGUGCUGCUGGUCAUUGUGCUGCUGGGCGGCUUCGGCUGGACCAUCCACGCCGUGUACGGCCUGGUGAACGGGGAAGUGUGCUUCAUGCCCAACGUCUACGCCGCCCUGUCAUCGGCGGCGCUGGUGCCCCUCGUCUGUCUGGUGGUGGUGCUGGUGGUGUUCAUCAACGCCUACCAGGUCACCAGCCAGUGGAAGGCCUACGACGACCUCUACCGCGGCCGCACCAACGGCACAGAAGUCCCCAUGGUGCUCUGCCUGUUCCUGCUGGUGUCCCUGGUGUGGCUGUGGGCCGGACUCCACCUGGGCUACAGGGACCUGUGGAUGCUUGUCCUCUACGUCAUCUUCAACAUCCUGCUGGGCUUGUAUGUGUUUGCCGUGUACUUCGUCGUGCACAACCAGCUGUGCUGGCCGGCUAAAGCGAGCUACACGGUGGAGAUGAGCGGCCAUGAUGCCCCGGACUCCGCCUACCAGGAGGGCGGGGCCGCCACCGUGGGCGGGGACAUCAACAAGUCCACCCAGAACCUCAUCAGUGCCAUGGAGGAGGUGUCGGACUGGGAGCGGGCCUCACUGCGUCUGAGCAGUCAGCCCGGCAGUGCGUUGCGGCCUGGCCCCGUGAUGGAGAGCUACGGCACCGAGGGGGGCUUCGUCAACAACCUGGUGGCCGGCGACGAAGACUCCCAGGAGUUUGACGACCUCAUCUUCGCCUUAAAAACCGGCACCGGCCUUAAUGUGAGCGACAGCGAGUCGAUCCACGAGGGUCACGACGAAGGGAGUGUCUCCAACUCCCAGAUCGUGGAGCUGAGACGAAUCCCCAUCGCUGACACCCACCUCUAACCCCGCCCUCUCUCCCACAGACCUCACCAUGCCUUCCUCUAGCAGAGAGAAACAAAGAGAGACAGUGCAAACUACUUUUUUUAUUUUACAUUUCCCGUUGCACUAAAACACGUUUUUCGAUAGUUUUCUUAGAGUUGUUUGAUAUAUGAAGCCUUUUUUUUUAUUGUAUAUCUGAUUUGUUUUUUAUACUUGUAAAUGAACAUAUCAAUGUUUUACUAAAUUAAGUCUGAGUCUUUCAUGAAGUGUUCCUUUCUCGAGUGAGAAAAGGUUGGUCUCUUGUUGUACAUAUUGUUUUUAGUAAAGAAAGAGACAGCCAGAUGUGCCCUCAAUACAACUACUGCUGCAGAGAGAUGGAGAUGGUGUAAAAUUGUUAAUAAAUAAUUUACCAACUAUUUUACACUCGGAUG